AUGAGUGGACAGAAACGGCAUGAAGUCACAGGCAAGUUAUCCAAUAGAGUGAUGAACAUGAAGUUCAUGAAGCAUGCGGAACAAGCAGACAAAGUUAAACAGACCGAGGAGACAAUAAAGAAAUUGGUGGACUCGUCAGAAUGGAGGAUAGGUGACAAUGUAAAACUCUUGACAAAACUUGCUAAUAAAUCAAAAGUGGUACAGAACGUAGGUUUCUCUGCUAUCAAGUCACUGAAUGAUGAGGAUUCGAAGAUCGAUACAAACGAUCUCAGCACAAGCACACUACGGACUAGUGUAAAUGCAGGAAGAAGAAUAUUCGGAAAUAAACUCGGACGAGCUACGCCCGGUUCAGAUGGGAGUUCUAAUGAUAAGAAAAGAAGUUUUGAAGAAAAGGACGAGGACGAUGUGUCGACGACAGAUUUAGAAAAGCUAUGGGAAGCCGAAACACAGACUAAGAAACAGAAGAAAUCCAAUGGUAAUGGUAAUACUGAGAGGAAUAAGAAGAAGUCAAAAAGGAAUAGAAAUUAA